AUGGGGAGCCUUGAUCAAAGGGAGUUCUUCAACAUCGUCAACGAUGAGCGCAGAGGUAGCUCUGUCACUCAUCGAGUGACCGACCCUCGGACCGAAGAAGACCUGUGGGAGUGUCCGGUCGCAUCUACCCAGGACCUUGAGGAUGCUAUUGAUGCCGCAAACAAAGCAUUUCCGGCGUGGUCCAAGACGACCCUUGCCGAGAGGCAGGCACUACUCGUCAAGAUUGCCGAUCGCAUCAAGGAACACGCUGCCGAACUCACGGAGCUGGCACUCAUGGGGGCCAUCGAGAUCAACAACACGGUGGAACAAACGCUAUACUAUUCCAAGGUUGGUCUUGAGGACGAGGUGCAGUUCGAGGACGAAUCGAUCAAGAUCAUAGCCACACACAUGCCUCUUGGCGUCGUCGGUGCCAUCUGCCCCUGGAAUUUCCCCAUCAUCCUCAGCAAUAUCAAAAUUGCCUCCUCCAUUGUGACCGGAAAUUGCGUCAUCAUCAAGCCCUCGCCUUUCACCCCCUACUCUGUGCUCCGCUCGGUGGAGGUCUGCCUCGGCGUGCUGCCCAAGGGCGUCUUGCAGGUCGUCAAUGGCGGCGCCGACCUCGGCGCCCUCAUGACGCAGCACCCAGGCAUCCACAAGAUCAGCUUCACGGGCACCAUCGCCACGGGCAAGCGCGUGAUGGCCGCGUGCGCCCAGACACUCAAGAAGGUGACGCUGGAACUCGCGGGGAACAACGCCGCCAUCGUCUGCCCGGACGUCGACAUUCCCCACGCCGUGGCGCAGACCGCCGCCGGCAGCUUCUUCAACGCGGGCCAGAUGUGUGUCGCCACGAAGCGCAUCUAUGUCCAUCGUGACAUAUACGAGCCCUUUGUCAAGACAUUCUGCGAAGAGGCGUCCAAUGCCUACGUGAUCAAGGAUGACCCGCAGGAGAUGAGCCUCUUUGGGCCGGUGGCCAACAAGAUGCAAUUCGAUAUCGUCAAAGACAUACUCGAAGAUGCCAAGAAGGCGGGCGGCAAAGUUCUCGCUGGCGGAAAGGUCCGAGACGGCAAGGGCUUCUGGAUCGAGCCGACUGUGGUUGCUGAGCCCCCCGAGGACUCUUUGCUUGUUCAGGAAGAACAGUUUGGUGCGUUUUCUUCUCAUCACAUGUCGGAAAAGAGUAGACAUCAAGACAAGAGUUCGCUAACCAACUUCUCCAAUCUAGGCCCGAUCGUGCCAAUACUGUCUUGGUCCGAGGAAGAUGAUGUGAUUUCCCGGGCCAAUCUGGACAAUUCUGGACUUGGAGCUACCGUGUACUCCCAGGAUCUCUCUCGGGCCGAGCGCAUUGCGAGACGGCUUGAGGCCGGGACUGUUUGGAUCAAUAUGUCUGAGAAGCCCAACCCGGGUGCAUGGUUUAGCGGUCAGAAGAACAGUGGAUUUGGUGGUGAGAUGGGCAAGCAGGGAUUGCUCUCCUAUUCCUACACAAAGAGCAUUCACUACCCCAAGGGGAAAUAA